AUGUAUAGAACAAUUCAAAUAGAAGGACGUGUUGUAGAACUUCAAAUUUGUGAUAUUUUAUAUGAUAACAAUUUCAACCCAAAAAGUAAAGAUUUUGAUAUCAUUUUUAUUCUUCAUGAUGACUCAAAUAAAGAGGUAACUGAUAAAAUUUUUGAAAUGAUUGAAUCUUUAGAUAUUCUACCUCAGUCAAGUCGUUAUCUUGUCAUUACUAAAACUGAUCUUGAUGAAUCGUUUCAUCAGCAAAAAGCACCAAAUGUUGACCGUUUUAAAAUUCAAUAUCGUUUCGAAAAAGUUUAUUUUGUAUCUUCAUUAACAGGUGAUGGUGUUGAUGAACUCUUUACUUCAGCAGUUUCCAAAAAUAUUAAUUCAAGAGAGUCUGAGCAAUGUUUCACUGAUAAAAAACAAAAGAAUAAAUGUAUGGUGAUGUAA